AUGGCAGACAGAAACUGGAGAAACCAAACGGCUGUCACAGAAUUUAUCCUCCUGGGAUUCGGGGAACUCCCUGACCUGCAAAUUCUUCUCUUCCUGAUGUUCCUAGUGAUCUACAUGGCAACCGUGGCUGGAAACAUGCUCAUCAUUGCACUAGUUGUGGCUGAUAAGCACCUUCACACCCCCAUGUACUUCUUCCUGGGCAACUUGUCCUGCUUGGAGACCUGCUACACCUCCACCCUUCUGCCCAGGAUGCUAGCCAGUGUCCUGACUGGGGACAAAACCAUCUCAUUCAGUGGCUGCUUCUCACAACUGUAUUUCUUUUCUGCUCUGGUAGGUACAGAAUGCUAUCUCCUAGCAGCGAUGUCUUAUGAUCGGUAUUUAGCGAUAUGUAAACCCCUGCACUAUUCAACUCUUAUGAAUAACAGGUUUUGCCUCCAGUUCGCUGCUGGGUCAUGGUUAAAUGGUUGUUUGGCUACUAUAAUCUCGGUCUUAUUCCUAUCACAGUUAACAUUCUGUGGCCCGAAUGAAAUUGACCAUUUCUAUUGUGAUCCCAUCCCAGUGAUGGAACUCUCCUGCAGUGACACACACCUGAGCAUAUUGGUGGAUUUCAUACUAGCCUGUGUAUUCACCCUGCCUCCAUUCCUACUAACCCUGACGUCCUACGUGUUUAUCCUUGCUAGCAUCCUGAGAAUCUCUUCCACGACCGGGAGACAAAAGGCCUUUUCCACCUGCUCCUCUCACCUCACUGUUGUGACAAUUUUCUAUGGCACCAUAAUGAUUUUCUACAUGCUGCUGAAACGUGAUACUCUCAGAGAUCUGAAGAAAGUGCUCUCUCUUUGCUUCACGGUCCUAACUCCACUGGUAAACCCCCUCAUCUACAGCCUGAGAAAUAGAGAGGUCAAGGAAGCCUUGAGCAAAGCAGUCAGUAAAUGUGGCUUUCACAAAAACAUGCAGAGACUCUGA